ACCCCCCCAAAAAUCACAAAUAUUUUUAUCAAAUUUAAAAAGUUAAAUUAGAAACCCCCCCCAAAUUAUAUUUUUCAUAUUUAUUUUUACUAAUAUUCAAUUUAAAUCAAAAUUUUUUUUAUUUUUUUUAUUUUUUAUUUUUUUAUAAAUAUUAUAGGAACAAUUAAAUAAUGACAACAAUUUUAAAAGGUUAUUAUUUAAAAGUUACACUUGAAAAUAGAAUUGUAAAGCACAAUGGAAGAAAAGUUUAUCUUUCAAUUGUCGAACAUGGCAACGGUAUUCCAGAUCAUGCAUUGAUUCUUAAAACUACUGCCAAAUGUGUCAAAUUCUCAGUCUGUCUUAGUAUCAGAUCACAGUGUGGUUGGAAGGAAUUAGAUCAAAAUGAUAGCGGUGAGCUAACAUUUGAUUUAAAAGUUGAGGUUACUGGUAAAUCACAACGUGCACCACUAUUCCCGUUGAUUUUCCAAUUGUGUGAAAAAAACUAUGACCAAGUUACAUUAAUUUCAAAAUCGGUUAUUCCAGUUAAAGCUAUUACAAAAAUUCCAAAGAAAUCAUUGCGAGCUGAAUUGGUACCAUUAGGAGAGUCACCAACCAAACCACCACAAGCCUUUCCAGCAUCACCAUCCGAUCUUAUUAACUCUAAAGAUUAUGAUGAAGAGUUGGAAAGUCAAGAGUUUCCAAACGAUGACUAUGACAAUAAUAAUAGUAAUGCUGUUGGUGGAGCAAACAACGAAGAGGACUAUUGUGAUGAUAUCGAUGAAAAUGGUAAUCUUUCAAAUAAUAAUGGUAGUUCUGCAAAUAAUACACUUUGUAAUAAUGAUUCUCCAAAAUUAACAUCAUCAUUAAAUAAUUUAAAAACCUCAAUAAAUGGUAUCAACAGUAAUAAUAGCUCAAAUAAUCAACAACAACAAUUCCAGUUCCAAAUUAAACAAGAACAACAAAGUUUAAAUAAUAGUAUAAAUGGUUCUGCAUCAUUAAAGAAAUCUUUAAAUAGUAGCAAUAGCAAUAUACACUUUUUAACCAAUCAAAGGGAUAGUGAAAUUAACUCGAUUUCGUUAUCCUCUUCCUCAUCAUCAACACCAACAUUAUCACCCACCCAGUCAAAUAUAUCAUCACCAACCCUCUCAAAUAUUAUAAAUUCAUCAUCAAACCCAGCAUCGCACCAAAACAUGUCAAAAAUAUUAAAUUCGAGCUCAGCUUCAUCCUCAUCAUUAUUACCAAGUAGUACAAAUAAUAGCAAUUUAACUUCGCCAAAAUUAUCGUCUUCCUCACCUUCAUUAAUUUCCCCAGUUUCUGAAACAAUAAACAAUACAAUCGAUAUAUUUAAAAAGAUGAAUAACCCCUCCCCCACACAUUAA